GCGCGUUGUUACGGGGGUUCCGCGCGGAAGACGGGCCUUUCGUCACUGAAGUCAGCGAAGCAGUCUUGUACAUUGACGAAACCGGGCGCGAACUACUGCAGCUUAGCAAGCGUGACGAGGCCCCUGCCGUGCCGGAUCCCUGCAGCGCGCCACGUGACACGGCCGGGUGUCGGCUGGGCUGAGGGCGCGCGCGGCCGGCUAUGACCAUGUUCGGCGCCGGCGGGCUGGGCGGCUCGGGCUCGGUGUUCGGCGCCGCGGCCGCCACCACCGCCGCUAACCCGAUGAAGGACAUCGAGGUGGUGUCGCCGCCCGACGACUCCGUCUCCUGCCUGGAGUUCUCGCCGCCGGCCAUCCCGCAGACCUUCCUCGUGGCUGGCAGCUGGGAUAAUAACGUGCGCUGCUGGGAGAUCGACCAAACCAGCGGCAAGACGACGCCCAAGGCUCAGCAGGCGAUGCAGGGUCCCGUGCUGGACGUGGCCUGGGCCGACGACGGCACCAAGGUGUUCAUGUCGGGCUGCGACAACACCGUGCGCUGCUGGGACCUGGCCAGCAACCAGACGAUCCAGGUGGCGCAGCACGACGCGCCCGUCAAGACCGUGCACUGGGUGAAGGCGCCCAACUACACGGCCAUCAUGACUGGCUCCUGGGACAAGACGCUCAAGUUCUGGGACACGCGCUCGCCGAACCCGAUGCUGUCGAUCGCACUGCCGGAGCGGUGCUACUGCGCCGACGUCGACUACCCGAUGGCUGUGGUGAGCACGGCCAACCGUGGCAUCGUCGUCUACCAGCUGGAGGGCCAGCCGCAGCAGUUCAAGACGCAGGAGUCGUCGCUGCGCUAUCAGCACCGCUGCAUCGCCAUCUUCCGCGACAAGAUGAAUCGGCCCACCGGCUACGCCAUCGGCAGUGUGGAGGGUCGCGUGGCCAUCCAGUACGUGAACCCCACCAACCCAAAGGACAACUUCACCUUCAAGUGUCACCGCUCCAACGGCACAAACAACGGUUACCAGGACAUCUUCUCGGUGAACGACAUCCGCUUCCACCCGGUGCACGGCACGCUGGCCACCGUCGGCUCCGACGGCCGCUUCAGCUACUGGGACAAGGACGCCAGGACCAAGCUGAAGACGUCCGAGAUGAUGGAGCAGCCCAUCACCAAGUGCGCCUUCAACCACACCGGCCAGAUCUUCGCCUACGCCGUCAGCUACGACUGGUCCAAGGGCCACGAAUUCUACAGUCCGAUGAAUAAGAACUACAUCUUCCUGCACGCCUGCUUCGAAGAGCUGAAGCCAAGGACCAAGACAUAGAUGUACCGCCGCCGGAGCCGCGCCAUCACGGGCCGUCGCGCGCGGCGCUCGGCUCGCGUGGCGCGUACAUUCCCCGUGGCGGGCAGGUCAGCCGGC